UAUGUCAGCAAAUAUAAAUGUAUUUGACAGGUUCGAGCAGCACAAAAAGAGUUAAAUCUACUGACGUGAACCGGCGCGUGUGGUUUGACCCGUACGCGUGUCUGACGCUCUGUUUUAGCCGCGCAGAUGAUGACGCUGCCCGCGGUGUGUUUCCCGCGAUUCUUUCCAGGCAACAAAACGGCUGGUAAGCCUUUCUGUUCUGAAUGAGGGCAAACUCGCCCCUCAGUUGGUUGCAAUCACAAGCCUUUCACUGAGAGGAUAACAAGAAGAAAAGGCUCGUCAUCCCGCCGCGUGACUGACGCGCGCUCAUUGUGUUGGCGUUGAGGAUGCCAUGGCAGCGGCGGAAGUAACAGCUAACGGGCCGGAGCCGCCCGGUCUUCCGCCGGCGUUUCCGUACGAGGAGUACGAGUGUAAAAUCUGCUACAACUAUUUCGACCUCGACCGUCGGGCGCCCAAAAUCUUGGAGUGCCUGCACACCUUCUGCGAGGAGUGCCUGCACGCGCUGCACUUGCGAGAAGAGCGACCGUGGCGCAUCAGCUGCCCCGUGUGCCGCCACCGGACGCACGUGCCGGACUAUCGGAUACAGAACCUGCCCAACAACACCAAGGUCACGGAGGACUUCCCUCUUUACAUAGACUCGGAUCCUUUGCCUCAAGAUGCGCUGCCACCCCACACGCCGCCGCUGCACCCGGCGCUCGUGGCGCUCAGGCGCGAGGAGGACGCGUCCGGGGCGUCCGCUGCAGGUCACGCGACACCGUCCACCACGACGCUGUCCACCGCGACCACGCUGUCCCAGGACUCGGUCUCGCGCUACGAGAGCUGCCACGACUGCAGGCGGCUCACGCUGACCGCCGGAUGCGUGUUCGUCAUCUUCUCGUUCCUGUCCAUGCUCGUGCUGCUCUUCGUGGGACUCAUAUUCGUGCACAGCCACGGCGGGCCGCCCUCGCCCACGGGACCCCUCUGUCUGUCAUUGGCGAGCAUCCUCGCCAUGGUCUCCGUGGCAGUUACGUGGCUUCUCUGCUGGCUCAAAUACAGCUCGGAGCACGAGACGGGCCGCUCCUCGGCUACUACUAAUGCGAACAGGAGAAACGCGUGACAGAUUAUUAUUAUUAGGCUAUUAUUAUAUGUCCAAAACCAAUAUGUAGAUAGCAGGGUGUCAAUUUUAAUGCAGUCAGGCGCUAUAAAAUGGAGAGAGAGAGAGUCGGAAAAAAUUAAUGUAUUUUGCAUUCUUUUAUAAUUAAACACAAAAGUUUUCAUUACAAAAAACAAUAUCAGCAUAAAGCUUCAGAAGUUCUUAAUAGAUAUUUCCCCCUUUAAAGACAUCAUGCACUUGAGCAGGCAGACUUCAGCAUCUUGUGUGCUUCAACAGAAGCAAAGAAAUCUGUUUUGUGUAAAGUAGGCUAGUUAACAUGGUUAAAGUCACAAAUUUGAUUAGUGGCCUAGAAAAAUAGUGCAGAAUAUUAUAACAUUUCCUCUCCAUUUAAUGUCAUAACCUUUAUUUGUUUUCUUGUUAUUACAUGAAACGUUCUGUUUAUUUCCAGGUUUCACAGGUUGCACAUUUUCAAUAUGAUCUCCACUGUACAAGUUAAGCUUAAUCAACAGCAUUUUGUAGCAGAAUGUUAAUUACCACAAAAAAUUAUUUUGGCUCGUCCCUCCUCUUAAAAAAGAAGCAAAAAAAAAAAAAAAAAAAAUUGGCUUGAACAUUGGGGGGGGUUUACCUCCCCCCGUCCCCCUUGGAAUCUACGCCACUGCGAAUGGGGGCCAUUUUUUUUUGGAAGGUUUAAAGGCAGAAAUAUGAUGCUUAUAAAUUCAUUAAAGAGCUUACAUUAAUUUUUCUGUUCAAACUCGUCUGGUGUAAAGUUGUUUAAAUCGUCG